CGGGGCUCAAAAAUCAAACUAAUAAGCGUUGCAAGUGAAAAGACCUCACCGAGAGGGUAACUGGACUACAAAAUUCCAGAUGACAGAAACUGGGAGAGCUGUUCCAGAGACCAAGGGCAAGGCCAUGGCCUUCCGGUCUCAGAAAGAGAUGUUUGACAAGAUGGAGGAGUCUUACAAAUUCUGUGCUGCCUGUGAGAAGCGGUCGAAUCAGCUUCCAAAUUCACAAUCCCUGAAGCGCUGUGUCAGGUGUCUGAAUGUGUACUAUUGUUGUAAAGAAUGCCAGAAGGCUGACUGGUGCAAACACAAGAAGUUCUGCUCUCAGCUGCGACUGGUGGCCAUCGACAGGGUGGUGGAAUGGCUUGUGUUUAAAGGUGAUUUGCCGUUCCCUACAGAGAAGUGGUCAAAGCCACAGUCCGAGAUCAAGAACUGGGACGACUGGUUGGCCAUGCAGGGAGACCUCUCACUCCACCUCCAGCCCAUCCUAACUGGUGCCAACAUGAGCGAGCUGUGGACCAAUGCUGGCAGGCCGAAGCCAGAAGAUGAAGAACUCAAACAGUCACUGUGGAGAGUCUCCAGCGAGUUCCUGUCCAGGCCGAUGUCCGUCGCAUGGGGCCUCAGGCUUUUCGGGCUCAACCCUUAUUCCAGACCUCUCACCAUCCACCUGGUGGGUGCAGGCCAGAGUGAGACCAUGGGAGCCCGGCUGACGGACUAUGACGAGCUGAACCGCAUGUUCCCUGGCCACCAGGGCCUGGAGGUGGUGAUGGUGGGACCGGAGGUGGUGGAGGGCCCCAUCAUGAGGCCUCCUCUCAGAGCCUUUGGCCCCAAACAGAGGGUCUACAUUAGCGCCUACAAGGGCCUCUACCACCAGUUCUGGGAGGAGCUGGUGGAGACGGGGGAGGCAGCGAGGCCGGAUCUGGUGGUCGGCUUUCAUCCUGGUUUUGAUGCCAGUCAAGGCCUGGACCAGGGUUGGCUUCCCACGCUGCUGCUGUUAAGAGACUAUGACAUCCCGUCUCUCUUCACCGCUCUCAGUGAGGCAGAGAUGACCUACUCCCUGCAGAUCCUGCUGGAGCUGGAGAUGGACAUGAGGGGGAGCGGGCGAAGCCCCUUCGCCUCGCUGAAGCCGGAGGUGGUUGGCUCGUGUCCCAAUGUGCCGGCCGUCUUCUGCAACUCCCACUACUUCUGCUUCCAGGGGCUCCUGGAGUCCGUGGAGUUUGAGGACCCGCAGGAAGACUGAGUGGACUGUUACCGCGGUAAUGGGCCAGUCGCUGCCAUGGUAUCCGGAUGUGAUGGGGGAUGAAGAGCAGUUUUUUAUUUAUCAAUCCUAAAUGAGGCAACAGCUGUUUCUAAAUAAUCAAGCAGCUUGA